UAGCAAAAUGGCGACUGUCAUUCACAACCCCCUGAAAGCACUCGGGGACCAGUUCUACAAGGAGGCCAUCGAGCACUGCCGAAGCUAUAACUCGAGGCUGUGCGCAGAGCGCAGCGUGCGUCUCCCUUUCCUGGACUCGCAGACCGGUGUGGCCCAGAACAACUGCUACAUCUGGAUGGAGAAGAGGCACCGUGGCCCAGGCCUCGCUCCGGGCCAGCUAUACACAUACCCUGCUCGUUGCUGGCGUAAGAAGAGACGAUUGCACCCACCUGAGGAUCCAAAGCUUCGGCUGCUGGAAAUAAAACCUGAAGUGGAGCUGCCCCUGAAAAAGGAUGGCUUCACCUCAGAAAGCACCACACUGGAAGCCUUGCUCCGUGGUGAGGGUGUUGAGAAGAAGGUGGAUGCCAGAGAAGAGGAGAGCAUUCAGGAAAUACAGAGGGUUUUGGAAAAUGAUGAAAAUGUAGAAGAAGGAAAUGAAGAAGAAGAUUUAGAAGAGGAUAUUCCCAAGCGAAAGAAUAGGACCAGAGGACGGGCCCGUGGCUCUGCAGGUGGCAGGAGGAGGCACGACGCCGCCUCUCAGGAAGACCAUGACAAACCUUACGUCUGUGACAUCUGUGGCAAGCGCUACAAGAACCGGCCAGGACUCAGCUACCACUACGCUCACACUCACCUGGCCAGUGAGGAGGGGGAUGAGGCUCAAGACCAGGAGACCCGGUCCCCGCCUAACCACAGAAAUGAGAACCACAGACCCCAGAAAGGACCGGAUGGGACAGUCAUUCCCAACAACUACUGUGACUUCUGCUUGGGGGGCUCUAACAUGAACAAGAAGAGCGGGCGGCCUGAGGAGCUGGUAUCCUGUGCGGACUGUGGACGCUCUGGUCACCCAACCUGCCUGCAGUUCACCCUGAACAUGACCGAGGCCGUCAAGACCUACAAGUGGCAGUGCAUAGAGUGCAAAUCCUGCAUCCUUUGUGGGACCUCGGAGAAUGAUGACCAGCUACUCUUCUGCGAUGACUGUGACCGUGGCUAUCACAUGUACUGUUUAAAUCCCCCGGUGGCUGAGCCCCCAGAAGGAAGCUGGAGCUGCCACCUGUGCUGGGAACUGCUCAAAGAAAAGGCCUCAGCCUUUGGCUGCCAAGCCUAG